UUCCUUAUAUAGUAUGAGUAAUGGAUUUGGAUUUCCAAAGAGAACAUAUAUGGAAAUUAACGUUGUCAACAUCGAUGAGGUUGUCCUCCAAGAUUUGUGCACGCCGAGAUUAUCCUCGGAUGGACGGAAAAUUCCUAAAGUUCCACAAUGUUUACGAGAUGAGAACAAGGACCAUCUUUACAAUCCAGAGAUUGUUUCUUUUGGGCCUUAUCAUCAUGGAAACCCAAAUUUCAAAUUACGGAGGAAUACAAAUAUAAAGUGAUUCAACACUUGAUUCCAGGGCACAAUGACGUGGUUAAUAAUUACAAUAGUUUUCUUGUUAGCAUCAAGGAAAUCAGAGAUUGUUACGUUGAAGGUUCUACGGACCGUUAUAGUGAUGCUGAGUUAGCUCGAAUGAUGCUCCUCGAUGCGUGUUUACUUUUGAGCUUUAUGCUAGAUAUCAACUCUGCUUGUCGUGCACUUGACGCAGCAACAAGAUUUGCAAUUUUCAAUGAUAUAAUGUUACUCGAGAACCAAAUUCCACUCUGGAUUCUCAAGAGGUUGGCCACCUCGAUAUAUGGUGAUGGUAAUAUUAUUGCAGAAGGUAAAACGUACUCGUCCUGGGAGGAAUUGCUUGGCGAGUUCUGCAAGCAAACGGUUUACUGGGGGUCUCUGCGCAAGGCAAUUGAAAUAGGGAGUAGUGAUGAGGAUUAUCUUCAUCUUCUUCAACUUUAUUGGGAAGUACAUGUCUCUGGUUACAAUACUGGACGGCAUAAUGCAGUAGCAACACCGUCAACCUGCUCCCAAAAGUAUUUCAGAUGCGCCGCAGUUUCCACAAAAGAAAGAAAGGUUGAUGUCAACUCGUUUCGGUCAGUUAGAGACCUCAAAUCAAAAGGCAUUUGGUUUAAGCCAAGUAGCCAACAAACUCUCAGAGGAAUCAAAUUCAAAUCUUACUGCUUGUUUGCGCAGCUCGAGCUUCCACCUUUAUUUAUUGACGCCGGCAUGCCGGUAUUGUAUGCGAACGUGAUAGCUUAUGAGAUGAGCAAUACUGGCAGCUGGGCAGUUGCCCUUGAGAUAACAAAUUAUGUCAACUUUUUGAAAUCGCUCGUAAUAAGCGCUGGGGAUGUCAAAGAAUUACGAGAGCAAGAAAUACUCUUCAAUUGUUUAGGAACAGAUGAGGAAGCCAACAAAGUAUUGCAAGAGAUUCCCGCUGGUCGUAUAUUUUCCUUUGGUAACAUUUUGAAUGUCGCAUUGAAAAUUCAACAACAUACUAGCAGCAAAAAAAGAAUAUUUUUGGCAGAGUUGUUUUGGACUCAUUUUAGUAGUCCAUGGUCAUUUAUGACUUUGCUUGUAGCAAUUGUACUACUUGGCUUAACUCUCGCCCAAACCUAUUUUACUAUCUAUCCUAGGAAGUAAUGUAUUUAUGUAGCCACUAUUCUAUAUGUACUUUGGUAUUUGGAAUUAAUAAGCUCUACAGUUUUGCUUUU